GGACUGGGUCUGGGAUUUACCCCGGGACAGGCCUGUGCAGCGCCGGGAGUCGUUCCGCGCAGUCCCUGCGCGGGCGCUCAGGGCGGUGCCCGCGGUGCGGCGUGGGGCGGAUCGCGACCCCCGUCCCUCCCCGGGGCUGAGUCGCCGCCGUGCGCGCGCCGCCCACGCGCGACCGUAGCUAUCGCGGCCGCCCGGCUGGCCGGGCCUCGCCGCGCGGGGACCCUGCCAGCCAUGGCCCAGCUCGGCGAUCAGGCUCUGCCGGGGCCAGAGACCACGGUGCAGAUCCGUGUGGCCAUCCAGGAGGCCGAGGACGUGGAGGAUCUGGAGGAGGACGCGGAAGGGACCUCUGCGCAGGCAGCGGGGGACCCAGCCCGGUACCUCAGUCCAGGCUGGGGCAGCGCCAGCGAGGAGGAGCCGAGCCGCGGGCACAGCAGCGCCACGACAAGUGGAGGCGAGAAUGAGCACGAGGAACUGGAGCCGGAAUGGAAGCCCCCGGACGAGGAGCUCAUCAGGAAGUUGGUCGAUCAGAUUGAGUUCUACUUUUCGGAUGAGAACCUAGAGAAGGAUGCCUUCCUGCUCAAGCACGUGCGAAGGAACAAGCUGGGCUACGUGAGCGUCAAGCUGCUCACCUCCUUCAAAAAGGUGAAACAACUCACACGGGACUGGAGGACCACAGCACAUGCCCUGAAGUAUUCGGUCACGCUGGAGUUGAAUGAGGACCACCGGAAGGUCAGGAGGACCACCCCUGUGCCACUGUUCCCCAAUGAGAACCUCCCCAGCAAGAUGCUGCUGGUAUAUGACCUACACCUGUCUACUAAGCUAUGGGCCCCGGCCACGCCCCAAAAGAAUGGAAGGGUGCAGGAGAAGGUGAUGGAGCAUCUGCUCAAGCUCUUUGGGACUUUUGGAGUCAUCUCAUCGGUGCGGAUUCUCAAACCUGGGAGAGAGCUGCCCCCCGACAUCCGGAGGAUCAGCAGCCGCUACAGCCAGGUGGGGACCCAAGAGUGUGCCAUCGUGGAGUUCGAGGAGGUAGAUGCAGCCAUUAAAGCCCACGAAUUCAUGGUCACUGAAUCUCAAGGCAGGGACAACAUGAAAGCGGUCUUGAUUGGGAUGAAGCCACCCAAAAAGAAACCCCUCAAAGAUAAGAACCAUGAUGACGAGUCCACAGCAAGUACCCACCUGAGCAGGUCCCUGAACAAGAGAGUGGAGGAGCUGCAGUACAUGGGGGAUGAGUCUUCUGCCAACAGUUCCUCUGACCCUGAGAGCAAUCCCACCUCUCCCAUGGCUGGCCGCCGGCAUAUGGCCACCAACAAGCUCAGCCCUUCCGGUCACCAGAAUAUCUUUCUGAGCCCAAAUGCCUCCCCGUGCUCAAGCCCUUGGAGCAGCCCCCUGGCCCAGCGCAAGGGCGUCUCCAGAAAAUCCCCACUGGCUGAAGAAGGGAGACUGAACUUUAGCACCAGCCCCGAGAUCUUCCGGAAGUGCAUGGAUUAUUCCUCGGACAGCAGCGUCACUCCCUCGGGCAGCCCCUGGGUUCGCAGGCGACGCCAAGCUGAGAUGGGGACACAGGAGAAAAGUCCAGGGGCAAGUCCCCUGCUGUCUCGGAAGAUGCAGACCGCAGAUGGGUUGCCUGUAGGGGUGCUGAGGCUGCCCAGAGGCCCCGACAACACCAGGGGCUUCCAUGGUGGACACGAGCGAAGCCGAGCCUGUACAUAAUACCUUCUAUUUUUCAUACUGGCUCCACUGAAAACAAACUUUGUUUUCGAGGUCCUCACCAAUAGCUAGCAUGACAGAGAAUGGAAUUCAGUCCCCUUAGAAAGCUUUUGUAUCCACGUAGACCUCUUAAUUUAUAUAUUUGUAAGGUAUACACACUGUCCCGUGUGCCAUGGUUUUAAGACCAUCUUGUGGCUGGGAGGUCUUGCUCCCAGCAUGGCCACUGUUUUGACAAUGCCUGGAGUGUGUGAGUGUAAUGUCUCUGAAGGGCUGUGGGACACAGGCUCUCUGGGGAGAUCUAGCAGCGAGUCUGUCUGUCUCAACUGGCUUUUUUUCCUGCAAUGACUGAGCUGUCCUUGGCAGGUGGUUCCUCCUGAGGCCUCAAAGGAGUUUUGCUCAGUGGCAAAUCCUUCAGCCAAUAGCAUGGUGUCUUAUAGGACUGAGCGUCUAUUCCCUGUCAAGUGAAUAAAUAAUAAAACACCCA